UCUAUCUGUGUUCUUGUAUGUCUGUGCGGUUGAAGUGUGGAGCAGCAUCACCACCACCACCAAAGUGAACUGCAGAUAACCCCAUGACGUGGCAGACACAGUAUGGAAAGCCUAUAUAAAAUUCACGGAGCCGGCGUGAAUGUGCCGCUGGUCUGCGCCGCGGACGAGGCUUUGCGGCUCUCUCCCGACCUCGGCGCGGAUGAAGGAUGAGCUUCUCAGACGCAGACGUUGUCCAUCCCGCCGAUGCGCCCUCGUCUCAUCGCAAACUCUUGUGCACCCUCUGGUGCUUGCUAGUCUCCCAAACUUCUUUGUGCAGCCUGCUUUGCAGAUUGUCUUCCUUGUCUGUGUGGUUGCUCAUUAUUCAGAGACAGACGGAUCUCAGGUCAUCUGCAGCUGCAGCAGAGGAGAAGCAGGAAAGAUGGCGAUCAUCCAUUAGACCGACCGGGCGCACGCAUGAAAUACGAGGACAACUUUCGGGAGGAUCGCUCGAGGAGAAGACUGUACCAGUUUCCCUGAUUUUCCAGGGAGUGCUCCCUCUCUUUAGUGAUGGAGGUAUUGCAGUGUGAUGGCUGUGACUUCCGUGCCGAGUCAUAUGAUGACUUGAAAACCCACAUUCAAGAAGUGCACACUGCUUUCCUGCAGCCUGCAGAUGCAGAUGAGUCGGACUCUCUCAAGGACGAGGAGGAAGACGAGGAGGAAAAUGAGGAAUUUGGGGAUAACGAUGACAAGGAUUAUACACCUUCUAAAGCUGGAAUGAGUCCCAACUCUGCUGACGGUUCCAACCAAACGUUACACAAGCCGACAGCUGAAACCCAUCUGCCGUUUUACCAGUGCAAGUUCUGUGUCCGUUACUUCAGAUCAAAGUCAUUCUUAAGAAAUCACACCAAAAAAGUGCAUAAUGUUGUCGAGGGGGACUCGGAUGAAAGCAUCUCCUCACAGACCGCUAAGCAGCCCAGCUACACCGUUAUAAUGCACAAUGACCAUUCAAAGGUGUAUUCCUGUCAGCACUGCACAUACAAGUCUCCACGCAGAGCAAGGAUGAUGAAACACCAGCUAAUGUAUCAUAGCAAAGUUCCCUUAGAGAACGCGGCAGAUCCGUCAGAAUAUGCUGAGACGGCAGAGCGGUCUGACUCAGCCAGGACACUCGUGAAGGGAACAUUUGCAUGUGAAUGGUGUGACUAUCAAACAGACCAGAAGGACAGCUGGACUAACCAUGUGGUGAAGGAGCACAGCGACAAGGUCAAGAUAGUGUCCUCCGUUGCAGAGCUGGAAGGGGAAGAAAGCGGAAGCUCACCCAGACCAGAUUCUCCCUCCUCUCCCCAUAGCCCGACUCGAUCUAAGAUGGGUUUUGCCAGUGUUUGUGAAAUGGAGGGGGAGACGGGGGGGAAAACGCCGGAAAAAACAUUGGAGAAGACAGUCCCAGAAAUCCCAUCCUUUCACUAUGCACAGAUGAGUGCAGUAACACCCAACAGCACGGGCUCCUCUAUUUUGUCCAAGAGGUUUGCUUCAGCUGAUGCCUCCAACAGUGUCAUAGACAUGGUUACCAACUUACUCAAUGAGGAAGACUCUAGGAGCAGCUUGGAGGAUGACGACGAAGAAGAGUUGGGCGAUAUAGACGAUCCCAGCUACACUGGAACCCUGUCAGCAGAUGCAAAGCAGCUUUUAACCGAUGAGGAUAACAAAUUACUGGAGACGAAAGGAAUACCUUUCAGAAAGUACAUGAACCGCUUUCAGUGCCCCUUCUGCUCCUUCCUCACCAUGCACAGGCGCAGCAUCUCCCGCCACAUCGAAAACAUUCACCUCUCUGGCAAAACCACAGUGUAUAAAUGCGAUGAAUGUCCGUUUAUUUGCACCAGCCCUCUUAAACUAGGCACGCACAAGCAGAGCCACAACUCCUCAGAUUUAGAGACCAUGGACCUAACGAGUGAUAGUCCGGAACCUCACAAUGACAAAGCCGAAGAGCCAGUCAAUGGGGGCAACGUAAGCUCCAAAGUCAAUGGAAAAAAGAUGACCAGCACGCCAAACGACCAGCAGAACCCUCAUCGCUGCACACUCUGCAGCUUUUCCACCACCACUCUGAAAGGCCUGAGGGUUCACCAGCAGCAUAAGCAUUCAUACUGUGAUGACCUAGAUCCCUCUGUCUUCGAAAGCCAGCUGACUGACCAGCCAGACUCUGAAGUGGACGCUUCUCCAAUCUUUCUACAAAAAACCCAGACCUCCAUUUUAGGACUUGCCACCAAAAAGCCCCUUGUAACAGGGAAAAGAGCCAGGAAGUCCAUUAAUGACUUGCCUUUGGACUUAUCCUCAGUCAAGAAGAGAACACGAAUUGAUGAGAUUGCCAGUAACCUUCAAAGCAAAAUAAGCCAAAGCCAACAGGACAUGGUCAUAAAUCUGGAUGACAUGGAUGAUGAAGAAGCAGGAGAAAAUCACACCGGUGCUGAUAAAGAAGGCAGGAACCCAGUUUUUGCCUACAACACACUUAAUGCAAGAGAAUCGUCGAUCUCUCACGAGGGAGGCAGAAUAGGGAAAAGAAAAAGCAACCCCAAGUCAAAACCCAGAAACAUUCCUAUAUCACUGACUCUCUCGGAUGAUAGUGAAAACAUCUCUGCGGAUCCCAGUGACAGUGCAGUGCAAGACAGCACUGAAUAUUCAGAGGAAACAGGAACUGCGCGUUUUUACUGUAAACACUGUGAUUACCACAACAAGUCAGCUCGUAGCGUCAGCACCCAUUACCAGAGGAUGCAUCCUUACAUCAAGUUCAGCUUUAAAUACAUUCUGGACCCCGAAGACCAGAGUGCAGUCUUCCGCUGCUUAGAGUGCUACAUUGAAUACACAAACUACAAUGAUCUACACCAACACUACAUGGAUCAUCAUCCUGAGGCAAGCAACGUGCUCAACUUCAACCAGCCACAUCUGUUAUACUUGUGCCGCUUUUGUUCAUAUACAAGCCCCAAUGUCAGGAGCCUAAUGCCCCAUUACCAAAGAAUGCAUCCCACCGUGAAAAUAAAUAAUGCCAUGAUCUUCUCCAGCUAUAUAGUGGAGCAGCCCCACAAAGCGGGGGAAUCGCAAACUCUGAGAGAAAUUUUAAACUCCGGCCCCAAGACUCUGAAUUCGGCCACAUCAACGCCCAGGUCCUCCUCCAGCCCCGUGCAGAAAACUGUUUCCAAGACCCCUGAAAGUGGCACCGAGGCGGACCCACUCAAAGAAGCUGUGGGUGGUAACGUUGUAGUCUACGAUUGCGACGUGUGUUCCUUUGCCAGCCCCAACAUGCACUCUGUUUUGGUCCACUACCAGAAGAAGCACCCAGAGCAAAAGGCGUCUUAUUUCCGUAUACAGAAAACCAUGAAGGUCAUGUCGGUGGAUCAGUCGCAGCCUGCAGCCAACUCUUCAUUUAACCUCAGUAUGUCUACGCCUCAGAAACAGUCGAGCGCAGCACUGUAUGGAUCAGAUGAAGAAAUGUACUACUGUAAGCAUUGUGUGUACAGCAACAGAUCUGUUGUUGGUGUGUUGGUCCAUUAUCAAAAAAGACACCCGGAAGUAAAAGUGACAGCAAAGUAUAUCAAACAUGGCGCCCCCACCCCUGGUUUGAUUAAAUUAAUGGAUGAACUGCAAAUCGCGGCUCCCAAACAAUUUUUGAAGCAAUUUCAGAAUAAUGGUCACGAUGGAUCGAACAAUUCGAGCCCUAAACAAGGCAGCGGUGAGAAAGGUGAGGAUGAGCUGUUCUUUUGUCAGCACUGUGAUUAUGGCAACCGCACCGUAAAAGGAGUGCUUAUUCAUUACCAGAAGAAGCACAGGGAAACCAAGGCCAACGCCGACCUUGUACGUCGUCACACUGCAGUAGUCCGGAGUCAGCGUGAGCGUGCGCAGAUGGUUCAGUCGGGUAGUGUCUCUUCUGCCGUGGUCCCUGCAGCUCCGGACCCUGAAAAUGCGACGCCCCUUCGUUCCCUCAAGUGCAGACACUGUUCAUACACGUCCCCCUAUGUCUAUGCCCUGAAGAAGCAUCUGAAGAAAGAGCACCCCACUGUGAAAGCCACAGCCAUGACAAUUUUACACUGGGCUUACCAAGAUGGCAUUCUGGAGGCUGGCUACCACUGUGAAUGGUGCAUUUACUCCCAUGCGGAACCCCAGGGCCUGCUGCUCCACUACCAAAGACGCCAUCCUGAGCACAAUGUCGAUUACACGUACAUGGCCAGCAAGCUGUGGGCUGGGCCAGAAACCACACAGCAACAGGGGGGCAAUAUGGAAUCUAAGCAUUACAAAUGUAGAGACUGUGCCUUCGAGGCCUGUACAAUAUGGGACAUCACCAGUCACUACCAGGCAGUCCACCCCUGGGCCAUCAAAGGGGAUGAAUCUGUGCUCUUGGAUAUCAUCAAAGGGAAUGGCUCAGCUGAAAAGAUCGACCAGCAGGUCGCCAAAGAACAUGCAUCUUUCAAUUUUCAGUCUGUUGAAGAUGAUGGGGCGCUGGCCAUCGCCAUCCAACAUCAGGAAAGCAGUCCCCAUCCUUCCCACCCACGUCUUUCCAUCUCUAACAAUCCUUAUCAGUGUACUGUAUGUCUGUCAGAGUACAACAGUCUCCAUGGCCUCCUCACUCACUAUGGAAAGAAGCACCCAGGCAUGAAAGUAAAAGCUGCUGAUUUUGCACAGGAGGCAGACAUUAACCCGAGUUCUGUGUAUAAAUGUCGUCACUGUCCAUACGUGAACUCUCGAAUCCACGGCGUCCUAACUCACUAUCAGAAAAGACACCCGUUAGUGAAAGUCACCGCAGAAGAUUUUGCAGAUGAUAUAGAGCAAAUGCCUGACUUAAAUGAAGGCGAUGACAAGUGCAAAACCCAGAGGCAGGGCUAUGGCGCGUACAGAUGCAAAAUGUGCCCGUACACACACGGGACACUGGAGAAACUCAAAAUUCAUUACGAGAAGUAUCACAAUCAGUCGGCCUCUGAUAUUUUCAUGCCUUCUCUGACAAAUUUCUCUUCCGGUAAAGACACUGAGCCAGUAGCUGAAUGCAGCGCUAGUAAUAUAUCAAGUACAGCAAAAGUCCAGGAGGUCAGUGAAUUGGACAUUGCCCUCUCCCAGUUACCCAUCAAUAAGACAGAAAAACAUGCUAUAUUCAACUGUCAGCUCUGCAAGUACUUCUGUUCCACCAGGAAAGGCAUCGCUCGACACUACCGCAUCAAGCACAACAAUGUCCGCGCUCAGCCGGAGGGUAAAAACAAUGUCUUCAAAUGUGCUCUGUGUUCAUACACAAAUCCGAUACGCAAAGGCCUGGCGGCGCACUACCAAAAGCGUCAUGACAUUGAUGCUUAUUAUACCCAUUGUCUGGCUGCUUCCAAGACUUUAACUGAAAAGCCCAACAAAGUGAUAGCACCCCCGAUAUCCGAAGGGGAGACCCCGGAAAUGAGCGAGGACCUGCGCUUGGCUGUGGACAGUCGGAGGUGUUCUCUUUGUGCCUUCCAGGCCUUCAGCAGGAAGAGCAUCGUCUCACAUUACAUCAAGCGCCACCCAGGUGUCUUCCCCAAGAAGCAGCAUUCUAGCAAGCUCGGUCGCUUCUUUACCGUUAUCUAUGCCAAAGAACCGGAGAAGAGUGACGCCAGCGCAGUGGCAGAGGAAGACAAGGAAGUGCUGGAGGUUCCGCUCGAACCCGAGCAGGACGGAGAGGACGACUGGCUGCCAUUCAAGUGUCUAAAAUGUUUCGGGUUGUCCUUCAGCACUGGCGAGCUGCUCUCUAUGCACUACAACGAACACCACAGCAAUGACUUGAAGAGGGACUUUGUGAUGUCACCCAGUCCUGGGGACGAGGACUCUGACUUGUACCAGUGUUCUCACUGUGAGCUGAAGUUCCUGGCUCUCCCACUCCUGGCCAGACAUCUGCUGAAUCACAACGAGGAGUUUCAGAAGAGGGCCAUGAGGCAGGAGAGGAGGAAGCAGCUCCUCAGCAAACAGAAAGCUGCGGAGCUACCUGACACCAAACCCGAGAAGGAGAGUCCCGUAAAUAACGCCCCCGUAGGAUUCAGGUGUAACUUCUGCAUAGAGGUGCACCCCACCCUCCGAGCCAUCUGCAACCACCUGAGGAAGCACGUCCAGUAUGGAGAGGUCAAAGAGGGACACGUCAAGCAGGAGGUCAGUGAGGUCCCCCUGACCUUGCCCUCAGAGAGCCUGACUAAUGGCGGCCUGGAGGGCGACGAAGCGGCUGACGCCGAUGGCCUGGAGGGACCGGAAGCUGCAACAAUGAGCCCAUCCUUGGUUUCCACAGCUUCUGGCGGUGUUGCCGUUGCCAUGGAGACGGUUGAUCCAGAAACAGAUGCUGUUGAGGAAAGUGUGGAGGCCCUCGCGGCGGCCGCGGUGUCAGAGGACCAACUGAAGCAGCGGUUGGCGGCAGGGGGUCACCCCUGUGCCCAGUGCGACCGAGUCUUCAUGUCCAUGCAGGGACUGAGGUCCCACGAGAGGAGCCACUCAGCCAUGGCCUUGUUCAGCAGAGAGGACAAAUACAGCUGCCAGUACUGCCAGUUCGUCUCACCCUUCAGGCACAAUCUGGACAGACAUGUGCAGUCUCACCAUGGGCACCACAAGCCCUUCAAGUGCAAGCUCUGCCCCUUUAAAUCUGCCUACGUGAGUCGCUUGAAGAGCCACCUGCAUAAGGCACACACAGGCGAGCAGCACACAUACAAAUGCUUGUCGUGCCCCUUCUCCUCCAUGACCAUCAGCCUGCUGAAGGAGCACUCACUGAGGGACCACGGCGAGGCCCUGACCCUCCCCAAACUCCGGGCUGCUACCCAGGCUGCUCACGCCUCCCUCAGGCCCUCCCGGCUGCCCGGCAACACAGAGCAGACUCCUCUGGCCUCAGAUGAUCCGUCGUACCUGGAGCCGGCCGACGUUCGUCAGCAGCUCAGUCAUUACCAGCUCGCCUCCCGCAGCCAAUUGUCCUCCGGCUCAACGGGGACGGACAAUCGGCCAGACGGAGUCCUCACCUGUGAGUUCUGCGAGUUCAGCUCCGGAUACAUGCAGAGCCUUCGCCGGCACUACAGGGACCGCCACGGUGGCAAGAAGCUCUUCAAGUGCAAAGACUGUUCCUUUUUUACCUGCUACAAGAACAGCUUCAACAUGCACGUGGAGGCUGGUCACAACAACAAUGCACCUGAGGAUCUCCCCAAAGACCUGCGCUGCCCCCUCUGCCUCUACCACACCAAACACAAGAGCAAUAUGAUCGACCACAUUGUCCUGCACAGAGAGGAGCGAGUGGCUCCGCUGGAGGUCAGCCGCUCCAAGCUGUCACGCCACCUUCAGGGCCUGGUGUUCCGUUGCCACAAAUGCACCUUCACAUGCUCCAGCGACCAGGCCCUGCAGCUGCACCUGCAGAAGCACGCUGAGAUCAAGCCUUACCAGUGCCAGCUCUGCUAUUAUGACAGCAGUCAGCGGAGUCAGCUCGAGGAGCAUCUCCGCCUUGAGCACAAGGUUAUCCGCAACUUCGAGCUGAUGGGCCGGGUCAACCUGGACCAGCUGGAGAUGAUAAAGGAACGAGGGAGCAGCGCAGAGGAGGAAGAGGAGAGAGAAAUGAUGCUGAUGGUAGCAGAUGGAAAAGUAAAUGCAGAGGAGGAGGAGGAGGACGAUGACGACAACGACGACGGAGGAAUGGCAAUUAUGGAAAAUUUAGCGGAUGAACAGAGGGAGAUGGACGAUGAAGAGGACCACAUCAAAGAGGAAGAGGAAGAAGAGGAAGUUAAAGGGGUGCUGGAUGAAAGGCCGGGCCUUCAAGAGGUCCUUGCAUCUCCUACCAGCAGCAGCAGCAACAGCAGCUCCGGGCCGAGUGGUGCUGAGAAGCGUCUUCCCUGCGAGUUCUGUGGACGCUGCUUCACCAACAGCCUCGAGUGGGAACGACAUGUCCUUCGACAUGGCAUGACGGUUAACAACAGUCAGAUGGACACCAGCACAACCUCAGCAAUAGAGGCCUCAGCAUCCUCUUCCACUGGCUCCUCUGUCUUGAUGGACACAGGGCUGGACCUGUCCAGCAACAUGAAUGACGAAGGGAACACUGCUGAUCUAACACUGAGAAGUCAAAGCCAGUAUAUGGAGGACAAAGAAAUGCUUGACACCAAAAAGGAUCAACAAUUUGGUUGAGAAGAUUGUGGCCUCUUGGGAAAACAUUGGGUAGGAUCAACACUGAGUUGGCUCUUAAAAUUGAAAGUCAAAGGAAAUGAAAACAUUGAAAUGGAAAAAAAAGUGACUUCUUAAGAGUUGGAACAUUAUUAGAUUUUAGACGUUACAUAUAUAAGUAUUAGGUUGUGCUGCAUAAAAUGACUGAGCUCUUUAAAUGAGCGGUCCCCUAGGACAGAUCUUAAUAUAUUGGUAACCAAUAGUGAACAGAACUCUUUAUUGCUGACAUUCUGGUCAAAUCUACAGUGAAAGAUCCCACCUAGAUGAAAUUAAACUAUUUAUAAAGAAUUUUGUCCAAAACAAUUAAACUAAAUUUAAUCAUUUUAUUAUUGAAAGCACCUUUUACCCCCCCCCCCCUCCCCCGCCCCCCCGCCCACUCAAAACAGGGUUACUGUAAAUUUGCCUAGAAGAAAGAAACAAGAUAUGAAAGCAUUUACAACCGUGGCCCCAACUGUCUUUUAUUGUUUCUUGUUGAAAUUUGAGACUUUUUUCAUCUUAGCCUUGUGUUAAAUGUGUAGAAGUAUUCCUGGAGGAAGAGUCGCACCUUAUGUAUUUUAGCAAAAUGACAGAUCACGCUUUAUUCAUUCGUAGAAUUACUGACAAUUUCCCCUAAUGUUUGUAGCAAAUUGCUAUAUUUUAGGUCCCUUAAUAUUAUACUACGUAUAAGCCUUCAGCCUGUGGCACCCUUCAAAUUUUAAUGUACAAUUUCAUUGUCCAGUAAUUUCACCAUAAAAAGAAAGUGUGGGGGGGAAUGGUAAUAGUUUAAAUGUCCUUUACCUGGUCAUGCUGUUUGUGAUCCAGGUUACCAAUUGUCCCAGUUAACCUGCACUGUUUGCAGAUCAAAUGAUAUGUUCAACGUAGUUAUGUUGAGCCCUUUUGAGCAGGGAGUCCGUUAAGGGGUAUCCUGGAACAUAAACGCAGGUCUUAACAGUAGUGGCAUCUUGACCAAGAGACAGAGAUUACACUUGUCUUUUCAGUGCAAAGUAUUGGAUGUGAUUGGAUGUGCCAGAAUCCAGCUCUUUCCACAGCUCUUUCUACUUUUUAAUGAGGGAUGGUUUAGACAUCUCUCAGCGAUCCGCCCAGUGUGAUCCUGUGGGCGAUCGGAUUGCACCAUGUCUGAGUGCUGAAGCCAGCGUGCAAGUGCCUUAAAAUGUGGCCCCAUCAUGGUUUUAACUGCUUUAAGAAAACAAGUCAUUGGCUAGGAAGUAACAAAGAAAAUGCCCAACUUUUCUCUCAACAUAAAAAGUCAGAAUUUGUUCCCAUAAGAAUUUAUGGCCUGAACAAUUUUCAUCUUAAUGUGUGUCGUGUAGCUUUGUUAUCUAAUUAAGAUCAGAUCAGAUUAAACUUUAAUGUAACAACAAAACGCUGUCUAGCAUGUACCCAGAUUAGAGCAAAAACAAUGUUGAGGUCGAAAAAAAAAUAUUCAUGAGAAAAUAUGUCAGUGCCAGUGGAGGUGAAAUUUGUUAAUUUGUUAUACUCAAAUAAUUGAAAAAGUUUAUUGGACUUUAUUGGAGCUUCUAUCAAAUUAAACCUUCACGAGGUAACGGGGAGUUGUUCAGGAAAACAGUUAGUGAUGUUUUUUUUAUGUUGUUUUUUGAUUCUUCAUUGGUAUGCUUGUUUGUUAUCCGAUGAUGUGAGCACCACAAAUGAAAAUCCAUGCUAAAAUGGGUCUGUCUAUAGCCAUGUUUCGCGUGACUGCGUCAGGUGUCUCGCUCCUCCGCAGUCAGCACAGGUGAUUGAUUACCUCAACUCCAUUCAGGUUCCCCCACCGUGUCCAUAUUUGGAUCUCCGGGCUCUAAAUGACUGACAAGCUGGCAGCGAGCAACGAGGCAAACUCUCAAAUCUCGACAUCAAAAUGUCCCUUUAGAAACGCACGGCUGACGCCACAGACAUGGCCGUGUUUUUCACGCACAGUCACUACUACUGUACUACACACUGAAAAGACAAGUUGAAGAAAGUCGAAAGGCCAUAAAACCAUUUGUUUCCACAUAUAUAGAGUUUAUGUGCCACUGGGACUGUAUGUUGAAGACUGACUUCUCGAAGGUGUCAAAUCCCCACCCCCCCCCCCCCCCCCCCCUCCCCAACUUAAACCCCUUUAAAUUCUCACCCUGUGUUGACACAACUGUCGUAGCCUGCAUUUGUGUGCUUCAUUUUAGACAAAGUCAUCAUGUGUGUUGAUAUUGACAAAAGGCAGAGAUUGUAUUUGCUGGAUUUGCUGCUUGAAUGCCCUAAAGCCUUAUGAGACGCGAAGAGCAAUUAAGUCAAAUUUAUAUCCAAUUCCAAUAAGCAACUUAAACAGUCUGAGAUAAAUUGACUGCUACUAUCAAAUUAGUAAGAGGAACGCAGUUGAUCUAAUUGUGUUCUUGGUACCAAAAUAUUUACCAAGCCUGCUGUUUUUGCUGCUGUGAUUGUCUUUCCGGAGCAUUGAAACUUUGAUGGAAAUGGGAAAUCUGGGUUUGCACCGUAGACUUAUAGCAUUAGAGUUCUAUGGGGGGAUCCCAGAUAAACUACAUGUCUGCAGCCAUGUAUAGAAAAACAAAACUACUCGUUAAGUGUUUGAACUGUGGUGUUUCAGAGAGGAUACUUUGACCCCUUUUUUUCCUUUAGGUGUACUUACUUUUAAAAAAAGAAAAAGAAAAAAAGAAAUCUAAAGAUGAUAGAUAACCCUUAGGGGCUUUUUGAGUCCCGAAUCCAACAUUAUUACGCUGUUGUACAAUGUCUGGUUGCAAUGAAAAAUAUCUCCCUUUUUUGUACUGUAAUGGGAAACGAGCAGAUGAGGAGAGCUGUGUGGUUGUACAAUAUUUAAACACAUGAAGGAAAACGAUGCAGUUCUCUUUAGAUUAAUAGCCAGUGCUUUUAUUUUGAAAAAGAGAAUCGUGGCAAUGUAAGAGACGAGAAAAAAUGUGUUCCUUUGGGAGCAUUUUCUUCCAACUGCUUGGUCUUCUUCUGGGCUUGGCCACCGUCUGAGUCGACAGUCAACCUAUACAUCCCUCAGAAAUCUAGCAUACCCAUGUCUAAUGUAAAAUCUGACACUCCAGUCUCUUUUAUCCAUGGCCUGUAAGGGCAUCAGCUUGUUCAAAGGAGGCCAACACUUAGUCAACAACAAGCGGGACUGCAGCAGCCACAUUCUGCUCCUCUGUCCUUUUCUAAUAACUUCAAAACCGGUUCAGUUGGUGCUGAAUCUCAAAGACCUUUUUUUCUGUUUUACAGGACCAGCUUGUAGCUCUUUGAAAGUAAAACUGUUUGAAAACUGUUGUUGUAGUAAUAAGCUUUGUAAGGCAGCUUGAAAGCUCAGUGUAAACCGGAAGACAAACUGGUGCAGUCUGGGUGAUGAAGCCGUCGACCCAAAAUUAUCUGUUGUUCUGUGAUCAUUUUAAUAGGAAAUGACUAUGAAUCCCUCACUGUGUGCAGUCCAUAGACUGCAAUGUCCCCAGUUUACCCAAAGUUGAACCCCUGCUGACGACACACUGGAUACUUGUAUAUAUGUUUAGUUUGUUUCUGAUGCAUUUCUCUUUUCAGACUGUUGUCUCCAUAGUUUGACACUAGAAUCUCUCCUUCUUGCCUUUCUUCCCAUAUAAAUCUGAUUACCUGAUGGUGGGUUGUGAUGUUGCCUAGAAUGAUUGUUUACAAUUUUAUUCCAUUUAUCUCUGGAUAUUCUGUAAAUAUUGUAAUUCAUUGUCUUUUUUUAACUUGAUAAUAAAGUUAUCAGAUAAUGGUUGA